AUGGUGGAAACGACGAAUCAAUCUUCCACUCCCAAUACCAAUACUGAAAAACCAACCCUUCAUCCAGCAUUCAUGGUGAUGAAUGUGCACCAAAAGAUCCGUACACUCGAYGGGAAGAAARYACCCUACUCAAAUUGGGUGAAAUUGUUCAAAAAUCAUCUCAAAAUCUACAAGAUCCUUCACCAUAUUGAUGGCACGCCGCCGCCAUCCAAAGAAGAUCCGGCCUACGACGCAUGGGCGGAACUUGAUGCCCUCAUUCUUCAGUGGAUUUAUAGUACCGUUUCUGAUGAGAUCCUUAACCGGAUUCUCGAUGAUGAUACCACUUCUUGGAAGGCAUGGCGUCAGAUUCAAGAAAUUUUUAUUAAUAAUAAACAUACCAGAGCCGCAACCCUGGAACAACACUCCACCAACUCAACCCUCUCAGCAUCCUCCUCGUUCGAUGAAUAUUGUCAAAAGUUGAAAGAUAUCGCCACACAACUCGGCGAUAUCGAUCAACCUGUAUCUGAAAGUCGACUCGUUAUUCAGAUGGUUCGUGGUCUUCCUGUUGAAUACGAUACUAUCGGGGCUAUCAUCAAUCAGCAAUGUCCCACGUGGGAUGAGGCCCGUGGUAUGGUAGAAGCAGAGCAACAACGACAGGCGGCUAGAUCAAACUCAAGCCGUGAUAUUGUGCUAGUUCACCCAUCCUCUUCCGCCGGUCAACAGCAAAGUAGAAGCAACAACCCCCAGGAUCACACCGACACCGGGCGAUCCCCAUACCCUAACGGGUAUCGGGGGAACAACUACGAUCCGGCAAAGGCAGAGCGUGGCAGGGGGCGCGGUGGCCAAUUCUCAGGCCGAGGAGCAGGUCGAUCACAUUGGGGGACACAGUCAAACAACACCCCAUACAAUUCAAGAUGA